AAAAUGGUACCCAAACAGACACACACCAUGCCAACACGCACAACAUUCUUCAUUCCACUGGGGACGUUGUUUUUCUUGCCUCGUACGCCAAUUGUGGGCGGAUGAUGAUCUACCAUCUACAAGAAAACGUCAGUGUUUCAACAAAGGAAGCAAGAGCCACCAUUUUUGAAGGUGACCCUUUCAAUCCACUUAUAUUUACAAAAGAAGGAGUUGUCAAGGUCAAUGCGAAAGAAAUACCUGGUUCUCAAGUGGAAACCGUUUACAGGAGAUAG